CCCGUCGCUCGCCGGCGCCCGCAGGGUUAACGGCGGCGGGAGGGUCUCCCCGCCCGGCGCACAGAGGGGCUGCCCGGCUGCUCGGGGCUAGGCAGGGAGGGUCUCCGAGCCGCGCGCGGGCGGGUCUGCGCAAGCCCGGCAGGGAGCCCCGCCGGCGAGCCGGACGCGCAGGGGUUAAUCCCUCGGGCCCGGGAGGGGCGAGCCAGGCCCGGAACCCCAGAACCUGAGGGCAGCGGGGUCUCUGACUGAGGAGUCCGAGGUCCCAAAUGCCAUCGCCCUCGGAUCGUGCCUCUGCCGCAGACAUGGAGAAACUCAGGCUGCGCAGCCCCUGGGUGCCCUCGUGCCUCGGGCAGCCCCGCAUCCUGCAGGGCCGGCUGGCCAGGUCCUCGCCCUCGCUCUGGGACAGCGCGCUGCAGGAGCAGAAGGGCGAGCUGCGCAAGCGGCUGUCCUACACCACGCACAAGCUCGAGAAGCUCGAGACCGAGUUCGACUCCACGCGCCACUACCUGGAGAUCGAGCUGCGGCGCGCGCAGGAGGAGCUCGAGAAGGUCACGGAGAAGCUGCGCAGGAUUCAGAGCAAUUACAUGGCGCUGCAGCGGAUCAACCAGGAGCUAGAGGACAAGCUGUACCGCAUGGGCCAGCACUAUGAGGAAGAGAAGCGAGCGCUGAGCCACGAGAUUGUUGCCCUCAACAGCCACCUGCUGGAGGCCAAGGUGACCAUCGACAAGCUGUCAGAGGACAAUGAGCUCUAUAGGAAGGACUGCAAUCUAGCGGCCCAGCUGCUGCAGUGCAGCCAGACGUACGGCAGGGUCCAUAAGGUGUCCGAGCUGCCCUCCGACUUCCAGGAACGUGUGAGCCUGCACCUGGAGAAGCACGGCUGCGGCCUGCCCUCCCCACUCUGCCACCCCGCCUACGCCGACAGCGUCCCCACCUGCGUCAUCGCCAAGGUGCUGGAGAAGCCCGACCCCGCCAGCCUGUCCUCCCGCCUGUCUGACGCCUCGGCCCGCGACCUGCCCUUCCGGGAUGGCGGGGAGAAGCCGGGCCCGCGGCCCCCCUACAAGGGGGACAUCUACUGCAGUGACACGGCCCUCUACUGCCCCGAGGAGCGGCGGCGCACCCGGCGGCCCAGCGUGGACGCGCCCGUGACCGACGUGGGCUUCCUGCGGGCCCAGAACUCCACCGACAGCGCGGCCGAGGAGGAGGAGGAGGCCGAGGCGGCCGCCUUCCCCGCGGGCUUCCGGCACGAGGCCUUCCCGGGCUACGCGGGCUCGCUGCCCACGUCCAGCUCCUACUCCAGCUUCAGCGCCACGUCGGAGGAGAAGGAGCACGCCCAGGCCAGCACGCUCACCGCCUCGCAGCAGGCCAUCUACCUGAACAGCCGCGACGAGCUCUUCGACCGCAAGCCGCCGGCCGCCGCCUACGAGGGCAGCCCGUGCUUCGCCAAGGCCACGGCCAGCGUGGCAGCGCCACUGGAGGCCGAGGUGGCCCCGGGGUUUGCGCGGACCAUGUCGCCGUACCCCGCCGAGUCCUUCCGCUUCCCGGCCUCCCCGGGCCCCCAGCAGGCCCUGAUGCCCCCAAACCUGUGGAGCCUGCGGGCCAAGCCGGGGACGGCCCGGCUCCCCGGGGAGGACGCGCGGGGCCAGUGGCGGCCCCUGAGCGUGGAGGACAUCGGUGCCUACUCCUACCCGGCCACCGCCGCCGGCCGCGCCUCGCCCUGCAGCUUCUCUGAACGCUACUACGGCAGUGGGGGCAGCCCGGGCAAGAAGGCCGAGGGCCGCGCCAGCCCCCUCUAUGCCACCUACAAGGCCGACAGCUUCUCGGAGGGUGACGACCUCUCCCAGGGCCACCUGGCGGAGCCCCGCUUCCUCCGGGCCGGCGGCGACCUGAGCCUGAGCCCGGGCCGCGCGGCCGACCCGCUGCCCGGCUAUGCGCCCAGCCAGGGGGAUGCGGAGAGGCUCGGGGUGCAGCUGUGCGGGGCGGGCGGCAGUCCCGAGCCCGAGCACAGCCCCCACAGUUCCAGGGACUCCUUGGAGCCCAGCUCCAUGGAGGCCUCCCCGGAGAUGCACCCCGCCGCCCGCCUCAGCCCCCAGCCGGCCUUCCCGCGGACUGGUGGCUCGGGGCUCAGCCGCAAGGACAGCCUCACGAAAGCCCAGCUCUAUGGAACCUUGCUCAACUGAGUGCCUGCCAGCAGGCCGCGGCCAGGGGGCCCCCGCCCACCCCCCCCCCCCCCCCCGCCUCCCCACCCCCGGGCCCCGAGGGCACAGCUCGCCUCCCCCCUAGACACCCAUCCUCCCCAGUCCCUGCCAACCGGGACCCUCUCUUCCACCCGACCCAGUUGAGCCUGAGCGGAGGACCCCUCCCCCACCAUCCUGUCCACCCCAGCCCCACCACGGUGGAACGUUUUUCACACACCAACAUCCUUCCCCACCUGAGAUGAGCAUCCCCCCCUUUUAUAAAGUGAAACUAUUUUUAUAGAGAAAAAGGGUCUUUCUUAACGCACUUGGCCUCCAGCUCCCUGGACGGCAGCCUUGGCGUUUUCAACACAAAGCUCCUUUAUUUUUCGGGGGAGGACAGCGGGGCCUGCCCCUGGGAGGGGAAGGACGGUGUCCUGUGGAGACACCCCAGCGAGCCAGUGACAGGGGAGCCCGUAGCUCUGUCCGCGAAGAGGGGAGGUGGACCGGGUGGGGGGGAUGUGAAAUGUUUCUAAACUGUUUUCGCCGUGUGACCGACACACCACCCCAGCUCUCCUGUGGUCCGUAAGUCCCGAGUGGGGCCGGUGCUCGUCCCCCAGCGUCCCGCUCCCCGGCACCACCUCGCUCUACCUCAGACGUAAUGAGGCCCUCGGACUCCCAGUUUCUGUGGCUUGCUCUCCCGUUGUCUGCGAUGCAUGCCCUGUCUCGGUUAGUACUGUACUUUCGUUCAUUAAUAAAAGACAUCAGUGGAAAGAA